CGAGGACGACGACGACCACCACCGCCGCCGCCGCCGCCGGCUGAGGCGUCAUGGCGGAGCGCGGAGGAGCCGUUGGGGGUCCCGGCGGCGGGGGGCACCAGCGGGGCCCCGGGGCGGCCCCGGCCCCUCCGACGCCGCCUCAGCCGCCGCCGCCGCCGCCCCCGCCGGCGCCUCAGCAGCAACCGACGACGCCGCCGCCGCCUCAGCCGCCGAAGGCCGCCCCGGCCGCCGCCUCCUCCUCAGCCUCCGCCUCCGCCUCAGCCGCCGCCGCCUCCUCCUCCUCGGGGGCCUCCGGGUCGGGCCCCUCCGCCCCGGGGGUGGGUCCGGGUCCCGGCCCCGGUCCCGGGGGUCCCGGCCGCCCCCCGGCCCCGGUGCAGAUGAACCUGUACGCCACCUGGGAGGUGGACCGAAGCUCCGCCAGCUGCGUGCCCAGACUGUUCAGCUUGACCCUGAAGAAGCUCAUUAUGCUCAAGGAGAUGGACAAGGAUCUUAACUCGGUGGUCAUCGCCGUGAAGCUGCAGGGUUCAAAGAGGAUCCUGCGCUCCAACGAGAUCGUCCUUCCGGCCAGCGGGUUGGCGGAGACGGAGCUCCAGCUGACUUUCUCACUCCAGUACCCUCACUUCCUCAAGCGGGAUGCCAACAAGCUGCAGAUCAUGCUGCAGAGGAGGAAGCGCUACAAGAACCGAACCAUCCUGGGCUACAAGACGCUGGCUGUGGGGCUUAUCGACAUGGCCGAGGUGAUGCAGCAUCCCAGCGAGGGAGCCCUCAUCCUCGGCCUGCACAGCAACGUGAAGGACGUGGCCGUCCCCGUAGCAGAGAUCAAAAUCUACUCCCUGUCCAGCCAGCCCAUCGACCACGAAGGAAUCAAGACCAAGCUGUCCGACCGCUCUCCCGACAUCGACAACUAUUCCGAAGAGGAGGAGGAGAGUUUCUCGUCGGAACAGGAAGGGAGCGACGAUCCGCUACACGGGCAGGACCUGUUCUACGAAGACGAGGAUCUGCGCAAGGUGAAGAAGACCCGAAGGAAACUGACCUCCGCCUCGGCCAUCACCCGGCAACCCAACAUCAAACAGAAGUUCGUGGCCCUGCUGAAGAGGUUUAAGGUUUCUGACGAGGUGGGCUUUGGGCUGGAGCACGUUUCCCGGGAGCAGAUCCGCGAGGUGGAAGAGGACCUGGAUGAGUUGUACGACAGCCUGGAGAUGUACAACCCCAGCGACAGCGGCCCCGAGAUGGAAGAGACGGAGAGUAUCCUCAGCACCCCCAAGCCCAAGCUCAAGCCCUUCUUCGAAGGAAUGUCCCAGUCCAGCUCCCAGACGGAGAUCGGCAGCCUGAACAGCAAAGGCAGCCUGGGCAAGGACACCCCCAGCCCGAUGGAACUGGCCGUCCUGGACAAAGUCAAAUCUUCAUGGAGUAAAAACCUGGAGGACAGCCUGACAGAAACAGAGACUCUGGACGUCAGUGAUCAGGACAUGUUCGGCGACACCAGUGCCACGCUGGUGGUGCCAGAGAAAAUCAAAACACCCAUGAAGUCCAGCAAGGGAGAUCUCCAGGGCUCGGCUUCCCCCAGCAAAAUGGAUGGGGUGCACACCCCUCGCCAGAAAAGGAGCACGCCCCUCAAGGAGCGGCAGCUCUCCAAGCCCCUGAGCGAGAGGACCAACAGUUCCGACAGCGAGCGCUCGCCCGACCUGGGCCACAGCACUCAGAUCCCACGGAAGGUGGUCUACGACCAGCUGAACCAGAUCCUGGUGUCGGAAGCCGCCCUCCCGGAAAACGUCAUCCUGGUGAACACGGUGGACUGGCAGGGGCAGUACGUGGCGGAGCUCCUCCAGGACCAGCGGCGGCCCGUGGUGUGCACCUGCUCCACCGUGGAGGUCCAAGCCGUCCUGUCGGCCCUGCUCACCCGCAUCCAGAGAUACUGCAACUGCAACUCUUCCAUGCCGCGGCCCGUGAAGGUGGUGGCCAUCGGGGGCCAGAGCUACCUGAGCUCCAUCCUCCGCUUCUUCGUCAAGUCCCUGGCCAACAAGACCUCCGACUGGCUGGGCUACAUGCGCUUCCUCAUCGUCCCCCUCGGGUCGCAUCCGGUUGCCAAAUACAUCGGCUCGGUGGACAGCAGGUACAGCAGCAGCUUCCUGGAUUCAGCCUGGAGGGACCUGUUCGGCCGCUCGGAGCCCCCCGUGUCAGACCAACUGGACGUGGUGGGGCGAGUGAUGCAGUACGUCGGCGGGGCCGGCGUGACCCACCAGCUGCCGGUGGCCGAAGCCAUGUUGACCUGCAAGCACAAAUUCCCGGACGAAGACUCCUGUCAGAAGUUCGUUCCCUUCAUCGGCGUGGUGAAGGUGGGGCUGGUGGAAGACUCCCCCGCGACCACAGGCGACGGGGACGACGCGCCCGUGGUCAGCCUGACCGUCCCCUCCACGUCACCGCCGUCCAGCUCCGGGCUGAGCCGGGACACCUCGGCCACGCCGCCGUCCUCCCCAUCCAUGAGCAGCGCCCUCGCCAUGGUCGGGAGUCCCAACAGCCCCUACGGCGACGUGAUCGGCCUGCAGGUGGACUACUGGCUGGGCCACCCCGGCGAGCGGCGGAAGGACGGGGAGAAACGAGACGCCAGCUCCAAGAACACCCUGAAGAGUGUCUUCCGCUCGGUGCAGGUGUCCCGGCUGCCUCACGGCAGCGAGACCCACCUCUCGGGCACCAUGGCCAUGACGGUGGUCACUAAAGAGAAAAACAAAAAAGUUCCCACCAUCUUCCUGAGCAAGAAACCCCGCGAGAAGGAGGUGGACUCGAAGAGCCAGGUCAUCGAAGGCAUCAGCCGCCUGAUCUGCUCGGCCAAGCAGCAGCAGACCAUGCUCAGAGUGUCCAUCGACGGGGUGGAGUGGAGCGACAUCAAGUUUUUCCAGCUGGCGGCCCAGUGGCCCACUCACGUCAAGCAUUUCCCCGUGGGACUGUUCAGCGGGAACAAGCCCACCUGAGGGCCACGCUCCCGGUGGGGGCGGGAAGGGGCUCCCGGCGGGGCUCUGGG